GCGCAGGCGGUAUAAGAGCGGGUUAAGCAUGGAUUUUCUUUCUAUCAACGUGUCGACUCUUCACUUCCUGACCGGGGACAGGGGAAACAUGCCAACGGUGUGGCGUGGACUCGACAGACAUUAACGGAGCGUUGGGGGGGGGGGGAAACUCCAUUGACACCGCAUACAUAACACUGUCUUGCAGCUUUCAGACUGGGGCAGAAACCCUCACUGCUGCUGUUUCUGCUGCUCCUGCCUGCAGAGAAGAAGAGCGCUGUCCCUCCGCUGUGGUGCUGAAACGCAGGGUCCAAGCCCCGCGCAUGGUGCCGCAGGGCUGAGAUUCAAAGAGAGACAAGAGAUUUAUAAAGGCUGCAGAAAAACUUUGUGUAUGGACUUAGAAGAAACAAGCUGCAACGCUGAGCAGAAGUGAUGGACAGACUUCCCUCCAGUCCUACAGGCUUCGAUUCGGCGGUGUAAGCACAGCAGCAGACCCUUCCGUCUCUUCCGUCAGUAAGGGAGGGUCUACGUGCAGCAGCGAGAAUGGGCUGCAUCAGCUCCAAAGCGCCUGUUGUGGCGGUUGACAGUUCGUUGCGUGUGGACUGGAGCGCGUCCAGCUCCAUUUCUGAUGUCAGGCUCUUGGGGAGCACGCAGACCUGCAUGGCACGCAGACUGAUACUCGGUGCACCUUUGGGUGCUCUGGACUUUAGUGAGGUGAAUGUUGAUGACACUGUUGAAAUGCUACCAAAAUCAAGAAGAGCUCUUACCAUUCAAGAGAUUGCCGCUUUAGCGCGAUCUUCUCUGCAUGGUAUUUCACAGGUGGUCAAGGACCAUGUGACAAAGCCUACAGCCAUGGCGCAGGGCAGAGUAGCCCACUUGAUAGAGUGGAAAGGAUGGUGCAAGCCAAUGGACACUCCGGCAGCCUUGGAGUCAGACUUCAACUCUUACUCUGAUCUCACUGAGGGAGAGCAAGAGGCACGCUUUGCUGCUGGUGUGGCGGAGCAGUUUGCCAUCGCCGAGGCUAAGCUGAGGGCCUGGUCCUCUGUGGACGGCGACGAGUCCAACGAUGACUCAUAUGAUGAAGACUUUCUGCCUGCCAGUGAGCCUACCACACAAAGCACAGAACUGUCAUCUUAUCCACCACACUUAAAGGACCUUAUCCACCACCAGCUUUGCCAGCACCUGGGCCUGCUGAGGCCCUGUUCUGAGAGCGGAGGAGGGAUUGGAGAGGGAGGUGGCAGUAGAGAGCCCUCCCCUACAGCGGGUUCUCCGGACACGCUGUGCUCCAGCCUUUGCAGUCUCGACGAGCAGCACCCACUGCUGCGCAACCUGGGAACUCAUCGUGGUAAUCACGCCCAAAACAACGCAGUUGAGCUGGCUGCCAAGAUCCUGUCUGCGCUGCAUGGAGGGGAGGAGCUGCUGGCCCGACUUCAGAGGGUGGGGCAUAGUGGGCAUGGUGGGGGAGACUGUGGCUUCCACAGCUUAAGUGGGGGCGGCCUGGGCAGUAGGUCCUAUGGAGGUCAGGACUCUCCUUGCUACUCCAUGUCUUACUCUGAAACGUAUCUUUCACCUGGUGAGGAUGAUGAGACCCCCUGCAAGGACUAUGAAGGCACUGUGUGCCAAAAGGAGGCAGAGGGCCAGGGGGUGGAGUAUGCCCCUGACUAUGACCCACGCAGGAGGGUGUCUGAUGUGGCCUCCUCAGGGGUUGUUUCCCUAGAUGAGGAGGAGGAAGAAGAGGAACUUGAGGAGAGGGCAGGAGAGCUGAACCAUCAAUGAAUCCUCACCGCAGUAUUUGGGCAGCAGAAACUCGCUCUCCUUAUCAUGGUAUCUGAACAGUUUGAACCUCUUAUUUAGAUGCCCCACCCCCUUCCCUUUGAUUGAUGCACAAAUCAUCUGUCUCUGCCUUAUUCUCACAGCAUUUCAGCUCUCCACUCCAUCCCAUAAGUGCUUUGUCCCCAUCCCACGUAUUAACAGUUUUUGCUUUGAAGGCGUCCAAACAAUCCUUUUCAUCAGAGUGAGAACAUUGAGGGCUGGACUAAGCGCAGUCAGUCAGGUGACUGACUCUCGGCUAUGACGCCUGCAGUUUUUCAGCUAUGUCUCCUUCGGUUCUGUGAAUGGACACUUCUCCAGGCAUACAGUUCGACUGAGAGUCCAAAUCUCUGACUUAUAUCUGCAUGUUAUUUGCAAAUGCUGAAAUCAAUGGGCUGACCUGAACUCGGGCACGUUUUUGUAAUCUCCGCUGUGCUGUAUCACCCCCGCCCACCUCUCCCAUGUGUAAGCAGUCUGACACUACAUCCUGGCACCUGUCCUCAUCCCCCCAUUAUCUCCCUCCCCUGUUCCUUGCAAGACAGUAAAUAGCAUCCUUUUGGGCAUGCCUUGCUGAGCAUGCCAAACUAUAUAACCCCUGUCACUACCAAUUAUAAACAAAUGCUGGAAUGUCUUCAGUGGCAGGAAAUGGUAUGUAUUUAAAAAAAUAAUCAUGUGUUCCAAAUGAUAUGACAGAAAUGAUAUGCUUUUAAUGUACUAGUUUUCUAUCGGUCAUGUUCUUGUUCAUGUCAUUAUUAUGAUGGACAGCUGACACAAUGAUGAUCAGCUGCUUGGUGUUACUUAGUGUUUUCUGUGGAGGACAUCUGAACUCUGCUCCGGAAAAAUAAAAACUCACAGCAGCACCACAGGAAACACAAAGAUAAAGUUCCAGAAGUGACGCUUCAGCAACAGAUGUUUGGCAGCAAGCGACAGAAACAUUUCUUCCUGUGCAGAGAUGAAUUGCAUUUGGAGAUUUUUCUAUAUUUUUGUAUGCGUUGUCUUGCUUUGAUCUCUUUGCCUAUGCGGCGUGCCAGUGUAUGUGGUUUUUUGCACGAAGCUAAUGUGGCUGUAGAUUUCUCCUGUCCUUUGUUAUCACUGUGUGAUAUAGUCUACUGGGAAAAAAAAAAAAAAAAAAAACAAA